CCCGGAGGGGGGUACGGCGGCGGCGGCGGGGCGAGGGGGCGCCCGGACCACAGCGAUUUCUGGGGAACCCCUGGAGUUCCCCCCACCCCCACCUCUCCCAGCCCAGGCAGAGGAGGAUGGGCAGCGGACACAGCGGACUGAACUGCUGCCACCCCCCCAAAAAGAGGCACCAAGAAGCCAGCCGGCCACCCCACCCAGAACCACAGGAACUGAGUCCGCUUCACAAGGAUGCGGCCACAACUGUCCAGCUGUGUGUGUCGGAGGAAGUCCAACAGCAUGAGAUGGACAUAGCCAGAAUUCUCCAGCGGCAUGAAGAAGAGAAGACGAAAUGGGCUCAACAGGUGGAGAAGGAGAGGGAGCUUGAGCUUCAAGAGAGGCUGGAUGAGCAGCGAAGUGCCCUGGAGGAAAAGCAUGAAGAAACCCUGCAAGUCCUCCGGGCCUCCUAUGAGAAGGAGAAAGAAGCCUUUACCCACUCCUUCCAGGAGGCCAAAGCUGCCCUUCAGGACACCAUAGCCAGACUAACCUCACAGCUGGAGGCCUUUCAGGCCAAGAUGAAGAGGGUAGAGGAGUCCAUUCUAAGCCGGGACUAUAAGAAGUACAUCCAGGAUUAUGGGAGCCCCAGCCCAUUCUGGGAACAAGAGGUGGAGAGCUUGCACUUUGUCAUCGAGAUGAAGAAUGAGCGGAUUCAUGAGCUAGACAAGCGGCUGAUGCUCAUGGAAACAGUGAAAGAAAAAAAUCUGAUGUUAGAGGAAAAAAUCACCACUCUGCAGCAAGAGAACGAAGACCUCCACGUCCGAGCUCGGAACCAGGCAAUGGUGUCAAGGCAGCUCUCGGAAGAUCUGCUUCUAGCCCACCAAGCCCUGGAGGAAGAGACACGGAUCAGGCGACAACUAGAACAAGAGAAAGAGGAACUGGUGUACCGGGUUCUGGGGGCUGAUGCGCCAUCUACCUACCCCCGGGCCUCUGUUACCCCCACAGAAAUCUCCUUCCUCGCCACCUAGCAGGCAGGACUUAGGCCAGCCAUGACACCUGUGGCCAUGCAACUUCCUUCCAAAGAGAAGACAGUGGGGCCUGUCAGCUUUUUUCUCAGGAAGGAGCGGGACAGGGUGUACAGGGGAAUCUGGGAAUAAGCAUACCCAAGGAGCCUUGGGAGCCUGGGGUCA